AUGGCAGCCGCCGCGAAGCCGUCGACGGCUCCCCAGGACGCGUCGCGGCCGAAGACUGUCACCACAAAGACCGUCACCACCAAGACGGUCACCACAAAGACGAAGCACGUCUCCACCUCUCGAAAUGUCUCCAACACCAAGACAAAGGCCAAGAAGAAGAAGGGCAAGAAGAAUCGCAUGGCCGUCGCCCUUGAGGCAAAUCAGGAGCAGAAACGGCAGCGAGCGAUCGCCGUGAGGAGCCUGUUCAACACCCCUGCUCCCAACAAUUACCGCAUCUCCCUAAUGAACGAGUGGAUGAUGCUGAAGAUGUUCGCGUUCGCCUUCAUCGCCAUCAGGCAGUUGAGGGUCGUCAUCUGGUUUCGCCUAGCCACCAACACCAAUCCGCCAGUUGAAAUCGGCGAAAUCGACGGGAUGGUGGCCGCGUGUGCAAAGGGGGGAUACACGCUGCUGCCGCUGCUCUUGCUCAGCUGGUGUACGCAGAAUUACCAGAUCUACUACACGCUGACGAGCAUCGGCGAACCGUAUCGAUCCCCGACGUUCCAUGCGAUACUUGGCCAGAUCCCGAUCGCCCUGGUCGACAUGUCAAUCCUCGGCGUCACGUGGUACUACUUCACGCGCACCUGCUACCCUAUGUACUUCCCGUUCAUUCUGGCCCUAUGUGAGGCCCCAAUGGUAUUCCUGUGGCCGCUGGGGUUCGUCGCCUGGUACAGCUACUACGACUUUCUCAGCAAGCUGCUUCGCAACCCGUGCAUCCGACUCGACCAUCUCGUCGUCAACCGCACCGAGCGCAUCGAAAUCAAGAAAAAGAUCGUGAAGCUGGCGAAGGAGCUGGACGCGAAAGAUAUGGCACAGGAGGCGUUGGACGCGAUCGGGACGAUCCCGGCGCCGGAAGUGGUGACCGUACCCCCAGAAGGAAUGACACCCAGGGCAUGGGAGGCAAAGCAGAAGCGGAGGAGGGAUAUGAGGGAACUACUCGAGAAGAUGCUCAACGGCGAAUCCAUCGACGUUAAGGAGCCGCCCAAGAAGGCCGACAAGGACAAGAAGGACAAGAAGGAUAAGAAGGACGAAAAGACGGAGAGGGAGAAGAAGAAGGAGCCCGAGAAGAAGAAGACCGACAGCGGCGAGGUGGUCAUCAACGAGAUCGACGUCGACGGGCCGCCGACCACG